UUUAUCUACCCCUUGCUUCCUAUUUUGCCCCUAAUAAAAACAAAAACUUACUUUAUUUUCCUUUUCUCAUUCUCAAAGCCAAUAAUUCUGAAUCCUCGCACCUCUACUUUCCUUUCUUUCUUCUUGCCUGAGAAAACCCACAAAUAAUCCCCUUAAAAAUCCUGCUCGACCUCUUUUUUUCUUUCCUCCCUGAAAAAGCAUCCCUCCAUGAAAAAUCAAAUUUAUGUCUUUUUGAUUUUUUCUGUGUGAAUUCUUAGCUAAUAUUGCUGUAUCGGUGGCCUUGAUAUGUAAUUGGUGCUUUGUAGGGUAAUGUCCAAGUUGCAAAUUUAUAUGCUGGUACCGACAGUGUAGAGCUCAAAGGCCUAAAAUAAUUGCUGAAUUGAAUUAUUUCUUAAGGCAUUGUAUCUACAAGUUGCAAGUGUAUAUUCUUGUCUCAAAGAAGCCGUUCCUGGUGUUUUUAGAAUCCACUGGCUACUCUCAAGAAGAUGUGCUCCUUCAGAAGCCCAAAGCUGGGGUAUAUAUAGCUUCAAAUCAUUCUUAAUCAGACUGCUUAAAUCACCUCGAAUCAGGCUUUUUGAUCUAGAUUCGGAUGUGGGUUAAUAUCAGUUACUGAGUAGUAUAAUGCUUGCAACUCCUGUAGCCUACUUUCACAAUUAUAUGUGAUAAAGAUUCAAAAUGCUUCCUUUGAUAAAGAUUCAAAAUACUUCCUUUUAUUGAUUCGUGGAACCCAUAGCAUCAAAGACACACUAAUAGCAGCUAGUGGUGCAGUGGUACAUUUCCUCUCUUUUAUUUUGCAUGAUGAUGGGAUAAGCAAUUUGGUUCUGGUUUUUGCAUAUUGUGGGAUGGUUGUUGCUGCUCGUUGGAUUGCUAAGCUCAACACUCCAUUCUUGCUUAAGGCUCUCAAUAACUAUCCUGACUACAAAGUUAAGGUUGUACUUUAUAAUGGCACCAAAGAGGAACUUGCGACGUCAACCGAAGAAGGGAGUUAAGAAGGUGGAAAGUAAGAGACGCGGUGGUAGCACAGCAGCAGCACCCGACUCUAAGCGUAUACGUACUACUAGGAAGAAAUCCAAAUCUGAGACGGAAAGCACCAAACUUCGAGGGCACGUUCCACUUUCCUCUCCCCCAUCUGAUACGCCCAUCGAUGCUCCAAAGGAACGGAUGUUGCAGGAUGCCGAUAUAAAUAAAGGUAGGGCACAUUCAUUCGGGAAUCCAAUAGGGGCGAACAAAGUAAUUACAAGUGUCCUCACAAGUGAGCAGCUCGAAAAGUAUAGACAAACAUGUUUUGGACACUUACUUGACAUGAAGAACCUCCGGUUCUCUGGUCAGUUAGUGCAUCACCUGCUUUGCAGACAAGUUGAGUCCAACAAUCCAGAAGUACUGGAGUUUAACUUCGGCGGAUCUGCAGUGCGGUUUACGAAGUGGGAAUUCGCACUCAUUAGUGGGUUAAAGUUUUGUAGGUACCCUUCGAUGUAUGAUUUGCAAAUUUCCAAAGGAAAUGAGCUGCGCACGAGGUUGCUAGAUGACAGGAGUGACUUGAUGAUAAAUUGAUGAUAUGUUAUAUUGUAUAUAUUUCAUUAUUUGGCAGUCAUCCAUCAAAGGGCGUUAUCCCAUAUGGAGCGCAUCUCGUAGCACAUAUUCAUGUGAUGCGACCCUUUGUAACUAUGUGCAUGGGAGGUCACCCAAACCUAGCGUGUCGUGGCGGAUAUGUGAUUAUGUGUACAUCCCUGUCAACAAUGGAGGCGCGCAUUGGUUGGCAGCAUGUGUGGACUUGAAGGCCCGGCAUAUUGAUUUAUACGAUCCAAAUAUGGGAAAUAAAUAUGUCCAGAAUAGAGAGUUGAAGAAUGCGGAAUGCCUUACGUAUAUGCUGCCUUACCUAUUGAGGGAUGGGGGAUAUUACGGGAAGAAUCCGGACGUGUCUCCCACUUUAGAUCCAUUCACGAUGACCAUGAUCAAAGAUGCACCCCGCCAAGAUAAUGGGGGUGAUUGUGGCGUCUACGCUCUGAAAUUUAUUGAGUACAUGAGUAGUGAGGAGAACCCUUCAUUUGGUCCGCAAGACAUUAUGUUUUUUAGAAAAAAAUAUGCUGUUGAUUUGUACUUUAAUAAACUUUCAAUGUAGAUCGUAUGUUUAAUGUUAUGACGGUCUAUACUAAUGUUAUCUUAAUAUGCUGAACCUAUCUUUACUAAUG